UGUCGUACAAUUUUAUGGCAUAUGGUUUUUUGGGGUUUUGUCAUAAAUUAUAUUUUUUGCAUUAAUCUAAAUAUAACAAUUGUUGAUAUGGUUGUUAUUAAGGCUGGGCAAGAUCAGCAACAGAAUGAACUGCCAAUAAAGGAAAUUACAAAGAGAUCAAUUGAAAUAAAUGCAACCACAAUUGAGCCAGAAUUAAAACCAGAAACCGAAAAAUUUGAAUGGAAUCAAUACCAACAAGGCCUAAUAUUAGGCUCAUUUUUUUGGUUACACUGGUUGACACAAUUGCCAGGUGGUAUAUUGGCCAACAAAUAUGGCACCAAAUUAGUUUUUGGUCUCUCCAAUGUGAUCUGUUCUUGGAUGUGUUUAUUUAUACCAAUGGCCUCAUAUUGCAGUGUUAAUGCACUCAUUACAUUACGAAUAAUACAGGGGGCAAUAGCGGGUUUGACUUGGCCGGCCAUGCAUGUACUUAUUGCCAAAUGGAUACCACCAGAUGAGCGCAGUAAAUUUGUGACGGCCUACUUUGGCAGCUCAAUUGGUGUGGCCUUUUCAUAUCCUCUAUUUGCAUACAUUAUGCAUUAUAUGUCAUGGAAAUGGGUUUAUCUCAUUUGUGGCAUUCUCGGUACUAUAUGGUGGCUAUUAUGGUUGGUAUUGGUCUAUGAUAGUCCUGCACAACAUCCACGUAUUUCAAAUUCAGAAUUAAGAUAUAUAGAAACGGCUUUGGGCUCUAGUGUUCAGCAAGCAUCAAAUAGUGUUCGUACACCUUGGAAGGAUAUAUUUACCUCAAGACCGGUAUGGAUGAAUGUAAUUGCUCAGUGGGCUAGUAUUUGGGGUCUCUUUACGCUGAUGACCCAGUCGCCAACAUAUUUUAAAGUCAUACAUAAUUGGGAUAUAAGAACGAUUGGCAUAUUAUCUGGAAUACCCCAUAUAUUACGAAUGAUUUUCGCUUAUGCGUUCUCCUUAUAUGCAGAUUAUUUGUUAAGAACAAAUAAAAUGGAAACAACAAAUUUAAGGAAAUUUGCCACAGCCAUAUGUACAAUUGUUAUGGGUCUGACAGUUUUGGCUUUGGCUUACUUAGGACGUAAUCCCAUAUGGGCCGUUGUGCUGAUUUCAUUGGCCACCAUGUUUCAAGGCACUGGCUCUACUGGACCCAUGUCAUCUAUGAUCGAUAUAGCACCCAAUUAUGCUGGCAUAGUAUUUGGUGUAUGUGGCACAAUUGCCUGUUUACCAGGUUUCAUAUCGGCGUAUAUAGUAGGGGUCUUAACAUUGGACAAUCAAACUUUUGAAGCCUGGACGAAUGUCUUUCUCAUAUCUGCCAUCAUGCUAAUUGGCUGUGGAGUGCUAUAUGUCCUAUUUGCUGAUUCCUCUUUACAAAAAUGGAAUGAUUACUCAAAGUACAAUGCUGUAAAGGACAUGGAAUUAUUGGAAAAUAAUGAGGAAAUAAAAGAAAAUUAAUUAAGUACU